CAGGAAGUUCAGGUGUAGUGUCGCGCGCUGACUCCGCCCAGCCGCCCGGGGGCACAAGUAGGGCAGAAGUAGGACUUUUUGCGACUCAAACUGUCUCCUCAACGCCGUCAUGUCGCAGUUGAAAAGUUGACUUAACGCCGUAACGGAAGCCUCGGUGGCGCCAGGGCGACAUUAACCAACAACUCCUUCGUCGUGACAAACACCGGACAAAGUAGCUCGGCUAAAGCUAACACUAGCCCGCGGUAAACUUCAAAGUCAUUAUUAGCGACUAGUCUUUAACACGCCGACACGGAGAUUGUGUUCCCAAGUAGGUCAAAGUUGUUGUUUUUUUUGUUUUGUUUUUUACACUUCGUAUCAAAGACGUCGACCCACUUUGAAUUUCCCUCCUUCUGGGAGACAGACAGGCGGCUUAGCGGCGAGUCCCGUCAUUAGCAGGUCUGUGCUAAUUGUGCUAGUUAGCAUCGAUAUUAUCCACUCAAUAGUCGACCUGCAUCGAGUCGAUACUUCGUCACAGCCGUUACUUGCUUUCAGGUUGUUUUGUUUGUUAGUCGGCGUCCACGUUGGGUGUAUUCUGAAGGCGGCGGAUUAAAGUUGCCAACUAUGGAUCCUCACACGGGACACGCCGCCGCGGCUCCCGGUCCCAAGAAGGACAAGAAGUCGAAGAAAAGCUAUGAAGAUGGAGAUGGCAAAAAGAAAUUUACACUGAAACGACUGAUUCCAGAUGAGUUGGAGCGAUUCACCAGUAUGAGGAUAAAAAAGGACAAAGAGAAGCAUGGCCAAACGCCAAGUCAGCGCCAUUCGGCUGCCGGCAGCUAUGAAAUCAACGCUGCUAGUGCCACACUGCACGACCAUACGGACGAAUACGUCCUGGAACUCUUCGAACAGAUGAUGGUGGACAUGAACCUGAAUGAGGAGAAGCAGCAGCCUCUCCGAGAAAAAGACAUUGCAAUUAAACGCGAAAUGGUCUCCCAGUACCUCCACACGUCUAAAGCGGGUCAAGACCAGAAGGAGAGCUCCAAGUCAGCCAUGAUGUAUAUUCAGGAGUUGAGGUCAGACUACCGCAACGCACACCUGCUGAGCUGUCUGGAAUCGCUGCGAGUCUCGCUCAGUAACAACCCAGUCAGUUGGGUGCAGACUUUUGGGGCUGAAGGCCUGGCAUUGUUGUUAAAUCGACUGAGAAGACUGCAAGAGGAAAAAGAUGAUGACUCAAGGAUGGGAGUCAAAUGUCAACACGAGAUCAUUCGCUGUCUGAAAUCCUUCAUGAACAACAAGUACGGUUUAAAAUCCAUGCUGGAGUCGGACCAGGGUAUUCCUCUGCUGGUCAGAGCCAUCAACCCAAGGGUGCCUAAUAUCAUGGUGGAUGCUGUCGCUCUCGUGUCUGCCGUCUCCAUAUUGGAGCACCCGGAGAAUCUUCAUGAGCGUGUACUCGAAGCCCUGACAGAGGAGGCAGAGAAGCAGGACAUUGAGAGGUUCCAGCCUCUUCUGGCUGGUGUGAAAAGUGACAAUAUAGCCCUUAAGGGAGGCUGCAUGCAGUUAAUCAAUGCAUUGAUCAGCCGCGGAGAGGAGUUGGACUUCAGGAUCCAUAUUCGCUCUGAACUCCUAAGACUGGGACUUAGAGACUGCCUCAAGGAGGUGCGCAAAAUAGAAAACGAGGAGCUGAGGGUGCAACUUACGGUUUUUGAUGAGCAGACUGAGGAUGACUCAGAGGACCUUAAAGCACGCCUGGAUGACAUACGCAUUGAAAUGGAUGAUGUGAGGGAAGUGUUUGAUAUUUUAGUCAACACAGUGAAGGACUCCAAAGCUGAAAACCACUUCCUGUCCCUGAUGCAACACCUCCUGCUGAUCCGCAAUGAUUAUAUGGCCAGGCCUCAGUACUACAAGUUAAUAGAUGAGUGUAUCGCACAGAUCGUGCUUCAUCGGAAUGGAGCAGACCCCGACUUCAAGUGCCGCAACCUCAGGCUCGAUGUUGAAGGCUUGAUAGACAAUAUGGUCGACCAAACCAAGGUGAAAACCAGUGAGGCCAAGGCUACCGAGCUUGAAAAGAAGCUGGACGCAGAGUUGACCGCACGCCACGAGUUACAGGUGGAACUGAAGAAAGUGGAGGGCGACUACGAACAAAAGCUGCAAGAACUGAGCCAAGAGAAAGAGCUUUUGGCCUGCUCCAAGGAGGAGCGAGAAAAAGAGAACCAGGGUCUGCAGGAACAGCUAAGCAGUCUGCAACAGCAGAUAGACAAGCUGUCCAAAGAUCUGGAAGAGGCCAAGACUAAAGUUGUCACAGUAACCGUUCCCGUGCCAACACCUGGUUUGCCACUUCCACCACCAGCCCCUCCCCUCCCCGGCCAGACUGGGGGUAUUCCACCCCCACCGCCCCCCCUACCAGGCCAUGCAAUCCUGCCAUAUGCACCACCACCACCACCACCUCUGCCGGGUCAAUUUGGCAUGCCACCACCACCCCCGCCCUUACCAGGCAUGCUGGGUCCGCCACCACCCCCACCCUUACCAGGCAUGCCGGGACCUCCGCCACCCCCACCCUUACCAGGCAUGCCGGGACCUCCACCACCGCCGCCCCUGCCAGGCAUGGCAGGACCACCACCUCCACCACCCUUACCGGGGAUGGGACCUCCUCCGCCGCCACCGCCGCCUGGUGGUCCUGGUAUUCCUCCUCCGCCCCCAGGCCCUGGUAUGCCUCCACCCCCACCGUUUGGCAUGGGGGGCUGGGGUGCCCCUGUACCACCUCCAUUGCCUUUUGGCCUUCAGCCUAAGAAGGAAUACAAGCCGGAGGUGCAGCUGAAGAGAGCCAACUGGAGAAAGAUUGGACCCGAAGACCUCUCCGAGAACAGUUUCUGGACCUCGGCCGAAGAGGACAAAUUUGAAAACAAUGAGCUCUUUGCCAAACUCACCUUGGCGUUCUCCUCGCAGACUAAGACUACCAAAGGUAAGAAUAGCCUGUACCAGAGGUUCAUUUCAUUUGUGCUCAGAGGACACACCACACAUUUACAUUCCUCCCGGACACCAUGUCAAAAUAUGAUCCCCAUAUUAGUCCAGGUAUGAGUCAGCCACACUUUGCUGCCGAUGGGAUCAUCCUCUCAAUGACUGGUGCAGACUGCUGGAUCAGAUAAAUUUGCACUUUGGGGGACAAAAGGGGAAUGGUGGCGGAAGGUGGAAGGAGCGAUAAGGAGAAGGUCGCCGAUGCCCUUCCGCAUGCCACCUGCUGUCCUGGCACAAAGUGCUGACACAGGGCUCCUCUCCGCUCGCACGAACACACCUGUCCAAUCCCAUCACCUUGUCCCAGUGUCACCUAGCCUUCUGCUCCAACUCCUCCAUAUUCAUAUCACAAUGACAACACGGCCAACUCAGUGUGUAUGUGUGUGUGUGUCUCCAUCUGACCUUCAUAUUCAGACACACACUCCCGCAAACGUGUCAUGAAUAAACAAAUGAGCACCUGCACAAA